AUGACUGAUUCCAUUUCAGUUCCAAUUCUAACUACAUUUAUCAAUAAUUUUUUUACAUUAACUCAUCAAUUUUAUGCUAAUUAUCGUACAUCACUUUUAAUUUUUACUGGUACAGCAUUAUCAGUAUGGCUAUAUAAUAGGUUGUGGACAAAUCGUAGUUUAUGUCCAAGUUUAGCAUUAAUGACCGGUAAAACGGUCGUUAUUACGGGUGGUAAUUCGGGUAUAGGUUAUGAAACAGCAAAAGAAUUGGCUAUUCGAGGUGCUCGUGUGAUUAUUGCUUCACGUAAUGUGGAAAGAGGACAAAUAGCCGUUGAUACAUUACGUGAAAAAACGGGAAGUAAACAAAUUGAAUUUAUGCAAUGUGAUUUAUGUUCGUUGGAUUCUGUCAGAAAAUUUUGUAAAACUUUUAAUGAAAACGAAUCGAGGUUAGAUUGUUUAAUUAACAAUGCAGAUGGUUAUAAUUCAAUUAUACAAGCAAACUAUUUGGGACAUUUUUUACUUACAAAUUUAUUAUUGGACAAAUUGAAACAAUGUAAACCAUCUCGAAUUGUUAAUGUUUCAUCUGGUCUUCAUUAUAGCGUAAAACAUAUUGAUUGGAACGAUAUCUUUUCUCAGUUUAAAGAUCGAUCACUCUUUGGACCAUAUUCUUCUUCAAAAGCAUUUCAAAUUAUGUUUACCAAAAAACUGAAAGACGAUCUAGGAAAAGCUGGUGUAAAUUCGUUUGCUACAAAUCCCGGUUGGGUAUGGACAUCGAUUCAAAAUCCGAUGCGUGAAGCAAUUGGUCUCCUAGGUUUUUUAAUAUUUUAUCCUUUAUUGUAUGCAGCAAAAAUCUUUUUUGCCCAAAACUCGAAAACAGGUGCACAAACAACAAUUUAUUGUGCCGUGGCUUCAGAACUAAUUAAUUCAAAUGAAGUUUAUUUCGCGAGUCGAGUUAAACGCAAAGCCAAAUGGAACUUCAAAGAAUCAAAAAGUGCUCCAAACUGCUCAAAACCAUUUCAAGAAGUGAUAAAACGAAUAUUUCCACGACAAUUGUAUGAGUUAGAUAUGGGCAGACUACAUUCAUCAAUCGCAUCGCAGCCAACCACCAGCACACCACAGCCAUUGUCACGUAAUCAAUCGAAAAUGCGUACUUCUUCUAAUCUUCCAACACUACAGACUUCUUCUCAACGACGAAUCCAAGGACAAGAUCGAACAAGUUCAUCCGUAAAGCAUCCACCAGCAUCAUCAAAUGUCGAUGAAUCCUCUAUUACUGUUCGACGAUUAUCCUCCAAUUUGAAAGGUCGAUUACCGGAUGAUACGGUGAAUAUAUUAAAUGAUUGGUUCGAUUCUCAUGUCGAUCAUCCAUAUCCAACGAAAGAUGAAAAAUUAGAAUUAGCGGAACAAUGCGGUGUUUCAUUACAAAAGGUAUCAACGUGGUUCAACAAUCGACGUACACGCACACGAAACACACGUCCAAAGCAAAUACAAGAUGAUUUAUUGAGACAAAUUGAACAUUUGAAAAGUGUUGUUGUGCUUCAACAACAGACACCUUAUUCACCAUUGUUCUGA